AUGGAUGUCGCAGACGAUUACACGUUCGACGUGGACGGGGUCGAAUGGGGCCAGAAGGCAGCGCCCGCCGACGCCCGCAGCGUCGACGCCCCGUGGGUGCCACACGCCGAGAGGACCUACAUCGACGACGUCGACGGCGACAUCACGCAGAUCACGGACGUGAUCACGCUCGACCGUUACAUGCUGAAGGGCUCCAUGACGUGGGAGGUCGAGUACGACGGCGACGGCAAGGGCGCCGUGGUCGGCGUCCGCGAGGGCUCGGAGCCCGUCGUGAAGCUCUUGUGCGACCUGCUCAAGAAGGACGUGUACAAGGACGGGAACGGCCACGUGCUCAUCACUUUCCCUGACAAGCCGAAAGCCGUGCCCCUGCAAGUCAUCAUGUCCCGCUUUCGGGAGGGAUCAGUGGCGAUUCGUGCGGACAUCGCCGACUCGUGGUCCAGCAUGCCCGUAUUCGUGUUCCAACGUGCUCGGGACGCAGGUUGUCGUGUGUAUUGGCCCGCGGCUGAGCUCUACAGGGUCUUGGGCGUGAAGGCCUUCAAGGGCAUGCCCAGCAGAUGGUUCCAGGCAUGCCGAAAGAGCUGGCGGGAACACAUAGAGGGCCACUUCCCUGGGCAGCACAUCGUUCAGUCAACGAGCUCUGGAGAUAAGAGCAAGACCGACAUUCCAUAUGAGUGGAGAUGCCUCCCGACGCCGUGCGUCAACACCGUCAUGCUCCUGGAGCAGUUGGUUCGGUGGUCAUUCGCCCCGCCAGCCCGCGGGGGGAUGAAGGCCGAGGAUGGGCCAUCUGCGGCCAAGAGCGCUUUGCAGAGUCUGUUGAAGUCCGCGGCCCACUGCGAGGUCAAGCGCGAGUUCAAUAUCCUCCUCUUGGCUGAAUGGAAAUGCAGGUGGCCGAGACCUUCGUCGGCGCUUGCGGACGGAAUCGUCGUCGACGCCUACGUGGACUCCGACCUGACCUUAGUCUGGCCAGACGUCGCCAAGGAGUGGGAGCUCGAUCGCCCGAUGGCGCCCCUGCUGGAGUCGUGGGUGUCAAGCAUCCAGCAGACAUCGCCGCUGCACGAGGGCCCGUUCAAGUGCGCCGAGCCGUGGCCGCUCAUGCGCUUGUUACGUGCUGGCGCGAUCCGAAAGAUAUUCUCCUGGCUCGUCUCUCAGGUCUUGCACCACCUGGCGCUGCAGCUGGAGAGGGUGCUGGCGGGCCACCUUCACGGCCGCGAGGACUCGGGCGAGCCAACCACGUUCACGUUCAAGAAUAAAGAGAUCAGCGCCUCCGACCCCAUGCUCGACGCGAAGUUGUUCCAGUGCGUGUUGGCAGGCUCCCAGGUCUCUGCGGACUACAGGGUCGUUGGCAUCGCCUGCGACAAGGCCUCCCCCGCAGCCAUGGCGGUCACGAACACCCUGCUCACGUAUGCCAACAACGUCGGCGUCGUGUGUUGCCCUGUGGUGCUUCGGGGCGUGAAGGCAACGUCGCGCGUCCGAGGACACGGGCGCCCAGAGCGCGGGGGGGCGAUCCAGGUCGACGUCGGCAUCGAUGACAUGCACUUGUUGGGGCAGGGGGGGCUGAAGAGGAAGCGCGAGGGGUCCGUGGCGCCAGAUUCGGUGAUCCAGCGCCAGUCUUCGUGGCUUCUGAGGGGCCAGGACGCGACCAAGUGGCGGCCACCCAAGACCAGUACAAUCUACAACGGCUUCAAGUUCUCCAGCUACGAUGCCGAUGUGGCAGCUUGGAGAGACGCGAAUUGGAGAGACUGGGCAGGGCGCGGCCUCGCGAUGGACCUUGGAUCUGACGGGGUCAGCGGCGUGCACGCGCUGCUCUACCACUUUAAGGUUAACGUGUGGAUCUGGCCCGGCCAGUCGCACAUGACGAAGUGCGUGUUCGAGGGGAUGGUCAAGCGGAUCAAGAAGUGGGAGCUGCUGUUAUUGUUGUUGAUAUCGUGGAACUUCGAGCACGGCCCUUUCAACAACGAGGGUCGUCGCUGGCAGGUCGAAGGCGUCAUUCGCGUGGUCAUGGAUCGGUUCCGCCCCAAUGAGCUCCCCUUGUUCAUGGAGAUGGCCCCCGCCAUGGUCGAGCAGCUGGAGGGUGCCCAGAUCUGCGCCUUCCCGCGCCAGCGGCUUCUGGAGGAGGAGCUGUGGGACUUCCUGAAGAGUCGGUUGAACCACCCCGUUGGCCGUCGCAUCGCUAUGUGUCGGUUUGGGGCAGCAUUGCACGCUUGCAAGAAGAACAAAGGGUACUGGGCGGUGCACCUUUUCGAGCGCACCUUGCUGGCACUAGAGACGGACAUGCUCAAAGGCAAGGGGUUCGUCACUGCACUUCGGGCCCGCGUCGGCGCUGGUGACGGCGCCGCGGCGGCCGAUGGCCCAACAGCCCAGCGGAAGGUCACGUUCGAAGACACGUCUUCGCGGGCUUGUUGCGGCAACGCGUGCGUGGUUUCCAUCAUGACGCUGUCCAACGAUGACAAUCGACGCUUGAUCAACUGCAUCGUGGCAACCACCAAGCCGCUGGACGACUACCACACGGAGCAGAAUCGGAGCUGUCGGUCUGUCAAUGCUUGUUCGGGGUGGAUCAUCCGCAUGGUCACUGGGGACUACGCCAAGUUCGUCUGCGAGAACACCAAGCUCUUGCUCAACGUUCACGCGCUCGCGUCUGCAGAGUUCAUGGUGCCCGCCAGCCCAGACUACAGCCUCGGCCACCUCCUGAACGACGCCUCCAUGGACGCGGUGGUGGAGGAUGAGUUCGCGUACUACUUUGGGCAGUUGUGCAUGGGGUGCGUUACGGAGCUGUUCGUUCGCGGCUUGUGGAUGCACGGCUGGCCUGGGAAGAUGUUCGGUGUCUGCGUGGAGGGCCGCGGCUACCAAGAGAGAGUCAUCGACGCCUUCCGCCAGGACCUGGUCGCCAAGAACGGGUACAUGAUCUACGAUGGCAAGACGAAUGUUGACGAGGCUAUCUUAUCGCGGCACCAGUUCGAGCUAACUUCUAACAAGCAGAUCAUCGCUGCCCUUGCAGACGUUGACUACCGCCCCCACCAGGACCUCCAGAAGAUGAUCCGUGAUCGGACCUUGCAGUGCAUCGCCACCAGGUUGAUGGGCACGGUCUUGGAGAGCGAGUUGAUUGAGAAGCACAAGUACGAGCCCGUGAAGAUACACUCGGCGCCGUUCGACCCCCGCGACAGGUUGCACAAGAACGCCUUCAGCCCAGCCGAGAAGGACAUGUCCAUGGACUUCAAGGGCGUAUGCGGAACCGCUGACAACCCUGGAUGGUUCAGCCCGUCCGUUCGAAACAUGAACUUGCCCACCGCCGACUUGUACAUGAUGCGCGAGGCGCUCGCCAGCAAUAACUUCUCCAAAUGCAAGGACGCUUGGCUCGGUGACGUGUUCACUCUGGACAACUUGAUGGGUGUUGGCUUCUUGAAGGCCGAUGGCUCUCGCGAGUGGUACUUGGCCCUUCAUCCCUUCCCGAAGUCGAGCGUCCUCUUCUGGCCCUGCACCUUGGGGGCUGGUGGGGGGAAGGCGUGGUUCACCUUGGAGACGGACCUCGCGGAGCCCGUCCUGAAGCCAGUGUGGGAUCUCAAGGGCGACGCCGUCCGCAUUGUCGGCUUGGAGUGGAAGUCGUGGUUCGCGCAGUGCGUCCAGUUGCCGAGGCGCGUCCUGGGCUCCUUGCGCCCUGGCUUGCGCCUGUUCUGGGACGAUGAUGGCGACGGACCGUUCUUGGAGAUCGCCUGUAAGAAGUCGUGGUGGACGAGUUCUCGCGCGACCGUCGCGAUGUACGCGAAGCACUUCGGCCUCGUCGUCCCCGUCGCCUCUUCGUUGUUCGGCCUCCUUUGGAGCGUGUGCAAGCAGGUGCUGCAGACUUCCGACGCCAAGGCGGUCGAGAUAUUGUUCAAGCGCCUCUCGCAGCAGAAGAAGGGCGAGCUCGACGUCGACACGAUCCUCGAGGUGGACGACGCCGCGGAGGUUCUCGACAAGAACGACAUCCAGAAGAUGGAGCAGGCCAAGGAGUCGGCGGCAGCGACCAAGGCGGAGCAGAAGAGCUACAAGCAGGAGUAUUUGCAGAAGGCCACCCAGGUGGCCCAGGCAGCGGCCAAGGCAGCAGCCAAGGCCAAGGCGAAGGGCAAGGCAAAGCCGAAGGCUGCGCCUGUGAACAGGAGCCUGGAGGGGCUCCACCCCAUCGACCAGGCGGAGGCGCGCAUGUUCAUUCCCGAGUACGGUGCGUCGAUCUGGCGCAACAACGUGGGCCAGGGUUGGUGCGGCCACGUUCCGCCGAACCCGCGCACCAGCGAGCGGUUCGCCGACCACGGCGGCAGCAGUGUGUUGGCCCUCAAGGCCGAGUUGAAGACGAUCUGGUCGGAGUGGCUCGAGAAGGAAGGGUUCGGGGUCGAGAGGUGCUUCGUGAUCGGGCUUUUCCCUCCAGCUGCGUAG